AUGGCCGCGUCGCCGCUCCUUCCUAUCCUGCAUCGCCUCUGCCUCCACCCCGUCAUAGCCUCUCCCUUCCUCCUCUCCGUCGCCUCUCCAUCCCUUCCCGCCGUCGCCUCUGGUGGGUGCUCGAGCGUGAGCGCGGGUUUCUGCACGACCGCACAUUGUUUUCUUAGGCACGUUGUCUCAGCAUGGCGAUGCCCAGCUCGUUGCACCAAUGUGUCUUGCUCGCUGGACCCUUUUUGCACACCAGCGUGGUGUGCGUGA